CCAUGACAUCCCUUUCUUGCCCUUUUCUGCCCACAGGAGAGCAGCCUUCCGGUGGGGGUCUUCGUCUGGGAGGCGGAGAACCAGCGGGACGAGGAGGUGGAGGUCUCCAUCAUGUUCACCUUCCAGAAUGGGACGGAGAGCAAGGAUGACCGUCGGGGCGGCCACUGGAAUGAGCCCUUCAGCCUCCAGAAGGACGGCCACUGCGUCCGAGGCAUCCUCCUGCACCACUGCCUGCCGGUCAACUCCUACACCUUGGCCAUCGCAGGCCGGGAGAAGGAAGGCACUACAGUCACCCACUUCACUUCUUUCAACCCUGCCAGCACCGGAGAGGAAGUGUGGCAAGACCUUCUGGCAGACGGCAAGCUGGCAUCCCCACCAGGAAAAAGUCCCCCAACGGAGAAGGGGGUGGCCUGCGCUGCUGCUGUGUGCGCUACUUGCACUGUGCCGGCCCAUGGCCGUGGGACACUGGAGCUGGGCUUGGCCUGGGACAUGCCGCGCAUCCGCUUCGGGUCCAAAGAGAAGGAGCACUACAGGUGGUACACGCGCUUCUUUGGCCGGGAAGGGGACGCCUGCCCUGCCCUUUGUCACCACAUGCUGACCCAUUACCCUGAAUGGGAGGAGAAGAUCGAGGCCUGGCAGAGGCCCAUCUUGGAGGACAGUGACCUGCCCGCCUGGUACAAGUCGGCCCUCUUCAACGAACUCUAUUUCCUGGCGGACGGAGGGACGGUCUGGGUGGAGCUGCUGCCCGAGGAUGGCCCUUCCUUGGACGCCUCCCAGGGACUCUCUGGGCUGCUGCCUGUUGUGGGGGAGUUUGGCCGCUUUGCCUACCUGGAAGGUCAGUCUCUUUGCAGAAAUAUAAUAAUAAUAAUAAUAAAUAAAGCUUUUAUUUGUAUACCGCCCUUCCUAAGAUCAGGUACAGCACUUAGAAAAAUUGAAAUUUGGAGCUCAGCCUCCAGUAUGACAUGGCGGCGGCGUGCUGCACGAGGACCUUGCGCCGCGGCUCUACUGAUGGACGGGCAGACGGCCCAGGUGAAACUGCGCAAUGUGGUGCCCCACGACAUCGGGGAGCCAGACGACGAACCCUGGCAGCGCGUCAAUGCCUACCUGAUCCACGACACGGCCAACUGGAAGGACCUCAACCUGAAGUUCGUGCUGCAGGUGUACCGCGACUACUACCUCACCAAAGACUCGACCUACCUGCAGGACAUGUGGCCGGUCUGCCAGGCUGUGAUGGACUCGGAGCUGAAGUUCGACACAGAUGGGGAUGGCCUGAUCGAGAACUCUGGCUUCGCAGACCAGACCUACGAUGCCUGGGUGGUGACCGGCGCCAGCGCCUACUGCGGCGGUCUCUGGCUGGCCGCUGUGUGCAUGAUGCGCCGCAUGGCUGACAUCUUGGGUGAGGGGGAAGCCCUGCAGAAAUACUCCGCCAUCCUGGCCAAAGGUACAGCGGCCUUUGAGAGACUGCUCUGGAAUGGGAGGUACUACAACUACGACAGCAGCCGCAGCCCUUCGUCCAACAGCAUCAUGGCCGACCAGCUGGCCGGUCAGUGGUUCCUCCGGGCCUGUGGUCUGGGCGAGGGGGAGUAUGAGGUCUUCCCCAUGGAGCAUGUACAGAGUGCACUGCGGAGCAUUUAUGAGGUGAACGUCUUGGGCUUCUCGGAGGGGACAAUGGGGGCCGUAAAUGGCAUGCGGCCGGAUGGGGUGCCGGACACCUCCAGCGUCCAGUCGGACGAGGUCUGGGUGGGAGUGGUCUAUUCCCUGGCAGCCACCAUGAUCCAAGAGGGCCUGGUCAAGGAGGGCUUCCAGACAGCUGAAGGGUGCUACCGGACGGUCUGGGAGCGCCUGGGCAUGGCCUUCCAGACCCCUGAGGCCUACUGCCAGAAGAGAGUCUACCGCUCGCUUGCCUACAUGCGGCCCCUCAGCAUCUGGAGCAUGCAGUUGGCCCUGGAGCGCCGGGCAGAAGCAGCGGGGACGGUGCAAGAGGGGAUCCAUGGAGCGCCUGCUGACCCUUGAUUGGGCAGAAGGAGAGUGCCAUGGGCGAGAAGGGAGUGCCUUUGCUGGACACAAGGCCAUGCCCAGGCGCUGGGUCUGUCGCUGACCCUCUUGCCAGUCAGCCCUGGAUGGCCUCUGGCCUCGCGGGAGGGGAGGGAGCAGCGGCAGGGCUCUUGCAAGACGGGCUUGUGUUUGGGGAGGGGGCUGCCUAACAUAGCUUCCCUUGUUCUCCUGAGGGCCCCCUCCCUGCAUGGUGUAUAUGAAGGAUCUUCCCCCAGACCCCCCCUUUUGGGAUAGGGGUUUGGGACCCUUCCACUGCAUUCCUGCCCCCUCCAGUGCUGCCCAGGCCAAAAGGGGGCUCUUGGGGUCCAAAUGGUUCCAUGUCCCCCCCUUCCCCAAAUGGAUUUGCACACAAUCAAGCUGUACCCACAAUCUGGACAGCGCCAGGAUUAGUUUGAAGAUGCCGGGUAAUUUCAGUUUAAAAAUAAAUGGUUCCUGCUGA